AUGGCCUCUAGUCUGGCAGUGGCAGGAUCAGCAACAAAUGAUACCUCGCCAGAAGCGAACCCGUUUAGGACGUUACUCAAGAUUGCUGUGAGUGAUGCUUUGGAGCUGAGAGUUGAUGACAUUGGUUCCGUGUCCUCUCAACUAAAUUCCUGCUGUCCGCAUACAACGCAACAGAAUACGGCUAUCAACCCCCAAUUCCCACCUUGGGCUUUAGCCAUCUUGCUCUUAUUCGCCAUCUUGAGAGGUAUACUGAUACUUAUAUGUAUAACAAUCAUGGUGAUACCGCUAAUAAAGGGUCCCGCGAGCCGAAAAAAACAUCUGUGUCUUUUCCGCCGCAUCUAUGCACAACCGGGUGAGUCAUCCACAGAAAAUAGACCUUUGACUGAGACCGAUUUUGACAUACAUCCUGAUUUAUCUUGGGCAGAGAGCGGCAUUCCCUAUGUGGUCCCCAGUCGGUCAUAUUUCAUUGCCGUAUGUGAGCUCUGCUCAAGCGUGUUAUACUUGUUCGCGGCUUGUGAAAACUACACGACUUACAGACAUUCAGGGUUACGAAAGGCCGAUACUGGAUGGUAUCUUACUCUUUGGUACGGUUUGGCAUCCCCACUGCUUACAUCUGUGCAAUUCUACAUCGCAAAACCUUCAGAUGGCUUCCGAGUCAAGAAUAGCCGAUUACCUCAAAUUUUUACUCCAACUGUCUAUAACAUUGCAUGGGUUUCAUGGUUGACGAUCACCAUUGCUUCUAUGGCUUACUGGGCAAUUCGUAUGGCAAGAGAAUUGUCCCAAUCGCAGAUAAUUUGCCUCAACGUUGUCAGUGCACUCGAGGAAGCCGUCAUCUCUUGGGACACUCGUGGAACCACACACACAGCUUUGAUCAAUAUUCUACACGAUCAAUCCUUGCUGGCCCGAAGAGUACAAGAAAUUGUUCAAUUAUUGCUACGCAUGCUCGAACACGUUUUGCGCAAGCGCGAUGUAGAUUCCAUGGCUGUCGGUUCUGAAUGGUCUUCCCCAAUUUGGCAAGAAUUAGAGGACGAGUUCAUUCCAUCAAAUCUUUUAGGGUUCCUGUGCAAAUCUUCUAUCCUUGUUACUCUUAGCAUCGUCUCUCAGGUCUCGGAGCUGGUGUACCAGACGCAUAGUGCAAGAGAACUCACCCAGCUAAACUGGAGGAUUGGCUCAGCCCUGAUUACUCACCUACCGGGAAUUUUCAUGACACCAGCACUCCUGGUCCAAUCGUGGAGAAUAUUAACAGAGCGUUCAGACGAAUCCAAAUAUCAGAAAGCGUCACUGUCGGUUGACAAAAAGAACAUCCCAAAGAUGACCUCCCAACUUUUGGGAUGGGAUACCACAGUUUUUUGGGGUAAGGAGAAUGAAUUUGAACUUGGAAACUUUCCUGGUCUAUGUCCAGUCGAAUCAUCACAUUCGACAAUAAGAGAAGUUGAAGAAAAUCCCAAUAAGACAACCACUCUACACAUCCCUUUCGGUGAUUUAAGUGUUAUGCGCUCAACUGUCGUGACGCACGAGGAGAUUCAAAAUUCAACUUUGAGACAAAUUCAAAACUGUCCAUACGAAUGA